CAACGAGCUUUCAUCUCUUCUGAAAACAGAAUUCAGAAGUUGUUGCUUGCUGAAUUGCUUAAAUAUUUUUAUUUUAAACUUUAGACGAAUCGGGUACUCUAGUCUUUUUUGAGACUAUAUAAAUAUUCAGGUGUAGUAAAUAUUAAUGUAUAAAUAUGUUUGUAGUCGCAUGUCCUGUUAUUGAAUAAAACACACAUGAACACGAAGUCAAAGAAGGGUUAAGACAGCAUAUCCUUAUUACACAAAUUUUUCUCUUCGUUAUAUUUAUGUUACUAUCUCGCAAUAUUUUUUUAAGUUGAAUAGUAAACAAUGUUACCAUGUCCGGGAUAUCAAUUGCUCGACUUGCUGAAGAGAGAAAAGCUUGGCGAAAAGAUCACCCAUUUGGAUUUGUGGCUAGACCAACAAAAAAUGCUGAUGGAACAUAUAAUUUAAUGAAUUGGGAAUGUGCUAUUCCGGGAAAAAAAUCUACUCCUUGGGAAGGAGGUCAGUAUAAAUUAAGAAUGAUUUUCAAAGACGAUUAUCCAUCAACCCCUCCCAAAUGUAAAUUUGAGCCACCCCUUUUUCACCCUAAUGUGUAUCCAUCUGGAACUGUUUGUCUUUCCCUUUUGGAUGAAGAAAAAGAUUGGCGUCCGGCUAUCACCAUCAAACAAAUUCUUCUGGGGAUUCAAGAUUUAUUGAAUGAACCAAAUAUUAAAGAUCCGGCUCAAGCAGAAGCAUACACUAUUUAUUGUCAGAACCGAUUGGAAUAUGAAAAGAGAGUUCGAGCGCAAGCUAAAUCUAUGGCACCCCAAGAGUAGUGGGGGUAUAUUUGGAGAAUAUUUAUUGGUGAUGAAUGCUCAUAAACUUUGCAUUACAGUUGCAAAUCACCUGAUGAAACACUUAUAGGGGAAGAGGUCAUCUCUAGACUAGAUCGUCAUUUUUAUUCUUUAGUAUCAUACUUUUUCCAUUAUCAUGUAAACAACACUUUUAAUUGAACUGUAAUGUGGUGAUGAUGAUUUCCUGUGCUAUUUAUAAAUUUGAUUUUUACCAGCUAAA